GUAUAAAAUUUAAAAGUCCCGCUAUUUCUAGUGUUAGACAUUUGAACUAAUUCAAAUUUGUAAACGUCAUGUAAAUUUUUCAUUCAUUUUUUUUUGACAGUUGAACAAAUAAAUUACAACCAUGGCUAAUUAUUCUGAAGACCAGAUGGCCGAAUUCCAAGAAGCCUUUCAGCUUUUUGAUAACCGUGGGGAUGGAAAGAUUCAUGUAGCGCAAAUUGGAGAUGCUUUAAGAGCUCUUGGACAAAACCCCACAGAAUCUGAUGUAAAAAAAUAUACUCAUCAACAUAAACCUGAUGAAAGAGUCUCAUUUGAAGUGUUCCUGCCAAUUUACCAGCAAAUUUCUAAAACCAGAAGUGCUGAUACUGCUGAAGAUUUUAUAGAAGGUUUACGUCACUUUGAUAAAGAUGGUAAUGGUUAUAUAAGUUCAGCAGAACUUAGACACCUUUUAACGACUUUGGGCGAAAAACUUACUGAUGAUGAGGUUGAACAACUCCUCUUGGGCCACGAAGAUUCCCAUGGUAAUGUUAACUAUGAAGAAUUUGUUAAAGCCAUUAUGUCUGGUUAGAUCUUUGAUGUGAAGUUGCAGCUAACAGCAUUUAUAAAUUAUCAAUAUAAUCUUAUUUUAUUCCCUUUUUAUAUUAGCAACUCCAUUCCAAUUUUAUACGUGAAUACUUAUCAUUUCGACAAAAUAUGUUUUAUAGUCAUUACAUUGUAAGUUUUAAAACGUUUAAUUAUUAAAAGGUAUUUUGGCUAAAGUGAAUAUUUUUAGAUUUAGAAAUACUCCUUUUAGCCAAUCAUUAUUAUUAUCAAGAGUAUUAU